AUGAGCCUUUACCGUCCUCUUACUUCCGAUGAAAAGCAUUCUGAAAUCAGAGUGUGCAUACUGCUGCCAAAAAGCUAUGGCACUAUGGUCAGCUGCGAGCUGGAAACUCUCAACCUUUUGGAAGACAAGAUCGACUACGAAGCCCUUUCUUACGCCUGGGGUAGCUCUGAGGACAAAGCGACGAUAAGAAUUAACCGCACCCCGAUACAAGUUACCCAAAACCUGAAAGAGGCCCUGACCUAUCUGAGACACGAGUCAAAGCCGCGUUCUCUUUGGAUCGACGCCAUUUGCAUAAAUCAAUCUGAUGUAGACGAGCGAAAUUCGCAAGUUCGUUUGAUGGGCAGCAUUUAUUCCUCUGCCUCAUGUGUCAUCUCAUGGCUCGGGCUAAAGGACGAUCCCAUCGACUACGUUCAACAAAUAAAAAAGGCAAGGUCAUUAAUCGAAUUGGUCAGAUCAUGCUCGACAGAGGAACUCUUUUCACUCCUAUUGGACAGCCCAAGCAAAGAAUACCUCGAAGAAGUGUUUGAAGAUGGUCUAUAUUCUCUUCAACUUGUCAUCGGCGAGCGAAAGUACCGUCCGCCUUAUUGGCGAAGAGCCUGGAUUAUCCAGGAAGUCAGCUUGGCCCGAGUUUGGAAAUUACAAUCGGGUGCGCUUUGCAUUUCAGAAGGGGAUAUUGAAGCUGUCAUGGAAAUAUUUCAAGACCCUAGGAUCAAGAGUGUCAUGAAGAAGAAAUAUCAAGCACGGAGACUUCGAGCUAUGAUAGGCCUGAAUUCCUUCUUGUCUGUAUCAGUGUAUCGCAGCAUUCUCUGUUCCCCCGAGACGUCGCCUUUAGAGUUGGCGAUAAGUUCUCCCAACUGGGCAACGUUAGCUUUGCGAACUCCUAGGUCUCGAGACUCUUCGCCUCUACUUAGCCUCUUGAGACAUAGCUGGUCGAGACUAUGCACAGAUCCGAGGGACAAAGUGUUUUCCAUCUUAGCGGCCUCCGACAAGAAAGACAGCCGUUCCGAACGACUCAAAAUCGACUACACGAGAUCGACCUCUAGAGUCUACACAGACGCAGUCAAAGAAAUUAUCGAGACUAGUUCUUCUCUCGAAGUCCUUUCCUAUGUCAGUGCGGCAGACAGAACUGGCUCGUGGGAUCUACCAUCAUGGGUUCCGAAUUGGGGGAUGUACAAAACACCCAUCAUAGCGGAUCGACCAAUCUCUUAUGACCAGCAACGAGCCAUGGGUGCCUCAGUAGCUCGAGUCAGCUUUCAACAAAGUUGCGGAAAAGAGAUACUACUUGCUUCGGGGAUUUGUUUCGGUACAGUAGUAGCAUUGAGAGACCCGUUGAUCAAUGCCGACGCCGAGCGGAUGGGAGACGAAGCCCAAACUGCGAACUUCGAAUACCUAAGCUUAUACCACCAACUUCCCCCAGUUUUCAAGGAACUGUCAGUAUUAGCACUGCCGAAUCGGCUUUCGUGUGAAUCGUUUCGUCGGACAUGCUCUCUUGGUCUUCUUAGUCACAAAGUCGAUGAUUCAUUUCCAGAACUUCUCAAUAGACUGCCACUGGAAUCUUCAGACAAUGAACAAACCCCAAGUUCAACUAAUGAGAUCUCCAUGAAGGGGUUCGGUUACAGAUAUAGAACUAUGGCAUCAGCAUUGGUGGAUCGCUCAAUAUUCGUGGUCAAGCCAGCCAACUUGGGCAAAGUACAGUUUAACUAUGAGAUCGGAAUAGGCGAGGCCAAAGUGAUCCAAGAAUCUGAUCUUGUGUGCCUCCUUGAAGGCUAG